AUGAAAAGGACAAUAGCGGUGCCGAGAGAGAAAGAAGGGUCUCAACCUGAGUUCUAUGACAAAGGAAUAGUCACCUUUGAAGUACACCAUGGAGGUAGAAUGAUAUAUGAGUAUGCAAAAGAGCUUGGCUACCAUGACCAAGUGGUUAUCACAGGGAUACAAAAUGUGCCUUGGAGGGAGAGGGGUCCUAUUGCAAGAAAUCUAGUUGCUGAAUUUGAACAUGAAGAUGAUAGUAAUGAACAAUCUAGUUAUGAGGGUAUGUAUAAGGAAGAUGAGGAUGAUGAAGAGGCUCUUGAAGAGGCUAUAAAUGUGGAGGAUGAGGGUGAUGAAGGUACUGUUCUUGAGGGUGUAAAUGUGGAGGAUGAGUGUGAUGACAUUGCUGUUGAUGAGGGUAUAAAUGAAGAGGUUGAGGGUGAUUGUAACGACCCGGUCCAAAAUAAAUUGCAUUCUCUCUCUUCGAAACUCCGGCCACCGGCCACGGCUGUGGAUGAGACCGGUGCCAAAGGACCGGCUCAGCCCCGGCGUCAUGACCCGGCCCUUCCCUGA